AUGCCCUCCAAAACCCUAACUUGGUUCAUCACCGGCGCCAAUUCCGGUUUCGGCCUCCUCCUCUCCCGUCUCGCCCUCUCACAAGGCCACACUGUCAUCGCCACAGCCCGCUCAACUUCCAAGUUUCCCCCUGACCUGGCACAAAACCCCAAUUCCCACCUUCUUGAACUCCAAAUCACCUCUCCUGGCGAAGAAAUCGCCAAAAUCCUAAACGACAUCCUCACCAAGCACAACCAAAUAGACGUUCUCGUCAAUAACGCCGGGUUCGCACACCUCGGCGCCGUAGAGGAACUAUCCGAAGCAGAAGCCCGGUACCAAUUCGACGUCAACUUCUUCGGCCUCCUCAAUGUCACCAAAGCCAUCAUCCCACACAUGCGCGCCCGAAAGUCCGGCGUCAUCGUUCAAAUCUCCAGCGGAGCAGGCGUGCUAGCCGGGCAGGGAGGACCCAUAUACAGUGCCUCCAAGUUUGCGGUGGAGGGGCUAAGUGAAGCCAUGGCCGUUGAGUUACAGUCGUUUGGGAUACGCGUACAUCUCGUUGAGCCGGGAAUCUUUCGGACCGAGUUUCUGGGACCGGUGUCGAGGGGGCAGAAUAUUUCGAAGAAGGUUGAGGGGUACUUUGACAUUGGGGGCGUGUUGACGGGCAUGAAUGGACAGCAGCCUGGGGAUCCGGUGAGAGGGGUGCAGAGGAUUUUUGAUGUCGUAACGGGGACGGGCAUGGGGAGGGGUUUGGAAGGGGAGUUGAGGAUAUUGCUUGGGGGGGAUGUGUUUGGGAUGGUGGAACGGAAGAGGGAUAUGUUGAGUGGGACGUUGGAGGUGAUGAAAGAGGUUGCUUUUAGUACUGAUUUUGAGGAAUGA